AUGGCCACAUCGUUGAAAGCAGAGCUGGACAUAUGGGCAGCAGCUUUAAAGGCAUAUGAUGAGCAGGAUUUCGAAAAGGCCCUGGAUUCAUUUUCGCGCAUUGCGGAUUCCUCCAAAAUCCUCACAAACAUGGGCCUAAUCUACGCCACGAUCGGUGAGCAUGAGGCUGCAGUCCAGCAGUUCAUGGCUGCUACAGCUCUCGAUCCGUUCCUCGCUAUUGCCUACUUCCAAUGUGGGGUGUCUAACUUUUUACUGAGUCGAUACGAUGUUGCCCUGCAAAAUUUUGACGAUGCGCUACUUUAUCUUCGCGGAAACCAAGCUAUUAACUAUGAACAAAUCGGCCUCAAAUUCAAACUGUUCUCACCUGAAGUGCUCUUCAACAAAGGUCUUUCUCAUAUUUAUCUUGGCUACCCGACCGAGGGGCUAGCUGAGAUGGAGGACGCGCGCAAUCUGAAGGUGACCAAUGAGCACGACGUAAUUGACGAUGCCAUUAGAGAUCGUGGAGAGGGAUAUACGGUCUUUAGUAUUCCUGUUGGCGUGUUGUACCGCCCCUCAGAGAAUAAGCUCAAGAAUUCCAAAAGUAAAGAUUAUCUUGGGAAGGCGAAACUUGUCGCAGCAUCGGACGCCACUGAUGCGUUCACUGAAUUCACUGGCGUCAAGAAACUCAAGGAGGAGCGUGAGAAAGCAAGAGAAAGAGAUCAAGAAAGGGAGGACGAUGGGUUGAAGAGAAGUGCAACCGUUCCACCGCCACGUACUGAACCUAUCGGCCGGCCUACCAUUGAGCGCUCUAAAACAACGAAUACGGGUCCGAAACCCACUACCCCCGCUUUCCCUUCUAUUGCUGAUAUGGAACUUGCUCUGCCCCCCACAUCAGGCUUGUCGAGGAGCAACUCUGUUGCACCUGCGCGCAUCAACAUUUCCACCUUCGCUUCAAGUCGCCCUCCAGCCGAUGGUGCACCUGCCCUGUCACCCACGUCACCUUUGACGAGGAACAACUCUGUCCCACCUUUCCGCAGCAACACUAUCAUUCGUCCCACAACCCCUUCAAGUGUAGCUCCGUCGAGGGGACUGACUAUAAGGAAAAAAGAACCUCUGCCUAGCCAGCUUAUCAAUCAACCUGGGGCUCUCUUCCAACCUCCAUUUGCACCACAGACCUAUCCUGAUCCGUCGCAAGUGCCGAAACAAUACCAACAGCAGCUAAAUCAGAACCAGCCGCCGGCGCGUAAUCAGUACCAACAACCUCAGCCGUACCAAACCCAGACCCUUCCUGACAAUGGAUAUCAGGUACCAGCAUCUAAUCUCCAGGCUAAUUUUCCUGCACCAAAGGCGUCAUUCGUGCUCCCCGCUGCUCCUCCCCCCCAAGAGGCAUCGGCUCGACAACUAGAUUUCCUCGAUGACUAUAUUGGUUCCUAUACUGAAGAUUAUUCACGUUCUGUCGUGCAAGGAUCGCUACCUAAUAUGGGUGUGGAUCGCGUGGCAUUGUGGCCCCAGGGAAGCGCACAGUCAGGUACAGGGGCUACAGGCUUGAGCACUGGUUCGAUGAUUCAGCGGAUGCCAUCGCGCAAUGAGCUCAGCAGCAACCAGGGGUCCUUGAACUCUGAGGCGCCAAUGGCUGUCAAUUUCUCCCGCGCCGGUGGGGGAAGCAUGCGUCGGAAACCAACCAGACGAGUGACGCAGAGGCGGCCGAAGCCAACGUAUGAGGAAGAGGAGGAGGGUUAUGUGAGUGAGGAGUACGACGACUCCUAUGAUGUGGCGAAUAUCCGUGUCAAGUUGCACUACCGAGGCGAAGUGCGUGGAAUGACGCUAACGUCCGAUGCGACAUUCGAAGAAUUCGUCGAGCGCGUGACAAGCAAGUUUAGCACUACUAUGAACGGUCUGGGUUUCAAAUUCAAGGAUGAAGAUGAUGUGAAAGUGACGCUGAGAGACGGCAGUGAUUUUGAACUUGCCAUCGAAACUGUACGAGCGAACGCGAAGGGAAGGGGUGAGGGGAAGCUGGAGAUUUGGUGCACGGAUAUGUGA